AUGUCGGACGUCGAAAAGCCCGUUGAAGAGGCACCUGCUGUGACGGGUGCAGGUGCUGCCCAUGGAAGCGCUGCCGAUCAAACGACAAAGGCGCCAACUUUCCUCGACAAGCUCUCUUUAUUCACCAUUGGAAAGAACCGGGGACAGUUACCACCUGGGAAAGAUGUAGCUACAGAGUCAGGCGAGAAUGCUGCACCUCUCACUUUCUGGCAGAAGGUGAAGCUGCAUUUCAGACGUUACUGGAUCUGUCAUCUAAUUGUGCUGAUUAUUCUACUGGCUAUUUUACUUCCAUGCCUUUUCCUCUUGAUUAUCCCUAGAAUUGCGCAAGAUCUACUCAACAGUGGCUCAAUUGUGAUCGAUUCCUCAUCAAUUCUGCAACCAACCAACAAUUCCGUGAUCCUGUCUAUUGCUUCGCAUAUCUACAUUCCAGGUCCAUUCACUGUGCAUACAGAUCCCCAGCAGCUUCAGUUGUAUAUUCCUCAAGUCGGAUCAGAAUAUCCCAUGGCACUUGUGAAUCUCCCUGCAGCAAAGAUUCAUAAAAAUACCAGCAUCGGAGAAGAUAACCAGUAUACUGUCUUUGAGAAUUAUACAUCAUGGAAUAAUUUUGUCCACAACACCAUCUUCCUAAAUGCUGGCAGUUUGGGUAUGAAAGGCAAAGUCGUUACGCAGCUUGGAAAGAUUAAAAAAUUUACGCUGGAUUUGGAUAAAGUAGUCCCAUCCAAUGGACUAAAUCAGUUCAGUGGAUUCAAGAUCGACUCUGCCAGCUUGGUUCUACCAGCCGAAAGUGAUGGCACGAACCUCAUCGCAAAUGCGACCUUACCGAACCAGUCUGUGCUGACUCUUGAGAUUGGCAACACAACACUCGAUAUCAUGGCCGGUAACCUUACGAUCGGUAAAGGUGUUAUUAAGAACCUCUACUUAAAACCCGGAAACAACUCGGUACAGAUCCGGGGUACUGCAAACUUGACUACAAUCCUCGACAACCUCGGUUCCCUCAUCGCUCAGCAAAGAGAGUAUAUCAGAAACGGCUACCUAUCGCUGACCACCCAGGUUACCGAUAUCUCAUACAACGGAAGCACUGUUCCAUACUAUACCGAAGAGAUGAGUAAACUGGCUCUGACCGCACAGACGCCUUUGCUGGGAUUGCUACUCAACACGCUCUCGGGCUUCUUGCAUAGCGGAGCAGCAAACACGACCAAUCUUACUUCCAUUCUCGCCAACUAUACGAGUAAUCGCGUGACACGCGAUAACAGCGAUGAUCUUCUUAACAACGCUACACAGUUAGAAGUGGUCGCCAGGCAUCAUCUAGAAAGACUGGUCAAAUUAUAG